GAGAAGCCGCAACCAGGGCUCCUGCUGCCUCUGGGAGGGCUGGGGGCACGGCCAGCUUGAAGCCUCCCUCAGACCUUGGCCACCUGAGGACGAGGAGGAGAGGACAGUCCCUCGUCUCCCGCCUGUUGGCUCAGGGACCAGAACUUGGCCUAGAACUUGUUUUUGUCUGGAAUCGUGACCCAGGACGAAUGGCAGGGAGCGUGCCCCCUUCCCUGCAGCUCCAGAAGCUUGCUGCCCUUGGGGAAAGGCACCCUGAUCUGGUUGUGGAAGUGGCCCAUCCCAAAAUAAUCCAUGAAUCUGGGGCACAAAUCCUGCGCCAUGCCAAUCUCCUGGUGGGGUCCCCCUCAGCUCUAAGUGACCAGACCACAGAGCGGCAGCUCUUGGAGGCCUCACAGCACUGGAACCAUGCCGUGUUUGUGGCCCGAGGGGCCCUGUGGGGCACCGAGGACAUCACGAGAUUGGAUGCAGCUGGGGGCCUCCGGAGCCUUCGUGUCACCAUGGCCACACACCCCGAUGGCUUCCGGCUCGAGGGACCCCUGGCUGCAGCCCACAGCACCGGGCCUCGCACUGUACUCUACGAAGGCCCCGUCCGCGGGCUCUGCCCCUUCGCCCCCCGAAAUUCCAACACCAUGGCGGCGGCUGCCCUGGCUGCCCCCAGCCUGGGCUUCGAUGGGGUGACUGGUGUGCUUGUGGCUGAUCUCAGCCUCACGGACAUGCACGUGGUGGAUGUAGAGCUGACCGGACACCCGGGCCCCACGGGCCGAAGCUUUGCUGUGCACACCCACAGAGAGAACCCUGCCGAGCCAGGCGCGGUAACCGGCUCCGCCACCGUCACGGCCUUCUGGCGGAGCCUCCUGGUAAAGAUCACCGCUGUCUCCCCCUGCACCACCUGGCGUCCCUGGUCCCUGUUUCCCUUGUGUGACGUCACGCUGCGUCUGCGCACCGCGCAUGACGCCAUCGCAGGGGGCGCGCUCCCACGAGAGCGCGGCGCCGGGAAGCUAUCGCGAGAGCGUACGCACUAUAUUUCCUAG